AUAAACGGACAGAGUAUCCGGAGAUCCUGCAGAGGAGCCCUGGGGUACUCUUUUCUCCUCGUCUUUCUCUCUCGCUUACUCUCUCUUGCCCGCUCACCUCUCGCCUCUUUGUGCUCAGAUUUAGCUGGCAUAUUCUCCUUUUGUUCCUGUGGAACUGUUGAUUUACUGGCCGUAACCAAUGGCAGACAAGACUGCUCCUCCCAGCCAGUUGCGUCUGGAGUGGGUCUAUGGUUAUCGCGGUAACCAGUGUCGCAACAAUCUCUAUUACAAUGGCGACGGUGAUGCUGUUUAUUUUGUUGCUGGCGUAGCCAUUGUCCAUAACGUUGCUCAAAAGAAGCAGAGAUUCUUCAAAGGACACAGCGAUGAUAUAUUAUGUCUAGCCAUUCACCCCAAUAAAGAGCUAUUUGCCACUGGUCAGAUUGGGAAGGAUCCUUUUAUUUGUGUCUGGAAUUCAAAGACAAUGGAAAUGGUGUCUAUUCUACAGGGAGGGCAUGAUAGAGGAAUAGCUACAGUUGCUUUUAGCAGUGAUGGAGAAAAGCUGGUAUCUACCGGUAUGGAUGACUAUCAUUGUAUUACAGUAUGGGAUUGGCGCAAAGGGAAACAGAUUGCCUCUACUCGUGGACAUGGUGAUAAGAUAUUUGAUUGCAAGUUCACUCCCUCUUCUUCAAACCAGUUGGUUAGUUGUGGGGUGAAGCAUGUAAAGUUUUGGACACUCUGUGGCAAUGCCCUCACUGGAAAGAAAGGAGUGUUUGGAAAGAAAGGUGAAGUGCAGACAGUUCUGUCUAUAGGAUUCUCAAAGAAUGACACAUUAUUCACUGGUACCUUUUCUGGUGACAUUUAUCAAUGGAAGGGACACACACUGGACAACGUCAUCAAGUCUGCUCAUAACGGUCCAGUCCAUAGUAUUCAUGCUAGUGAUGAUGGGUUUGCCAGUGGCGGUAAAGAUGGUAAAUUGUGUCUUUGGAAUGAGGACUUCACUCCUGUUGCUUGUAUUGACCUCACACGCACAUCAGCCGGCUAUAAAGGUUUGUGUCUGAGGAGUGUUUGCUGGGAAGGUGAGAAGGUUCUUGCUGGUACUAAAGAUGGCGAAGUGUUUGAAAUAAGAGUAGAAGAUAAAGAGAACCCAGUUACAGUCGCAAGAGGACACGGAGAGGGAGAGUUGUGGGGACUGGCCUCUCAUCCUUCUCAGGCUAUAUUUGCCACUGGGAGUGAUGACAAGACUGUGAGGGUAUGGUCAGCUACUAGUCGUGAAGUACUACAGCUUUGCCAUGCGUCCCAUCCUGUUCGCUCUGUUGCCUUCUCUCCAGCUGGUGAUCAUAUUGCUGCCGGACAACAAGACGGCUCCUUUGUCGUCUUUAACUUGAAUAAUAAUCUCAGCGUAGUCUUUCAAAAGAAAGACAGAAAAGAGGUUCUUCACGAGAUGAAAUACUCGCCCGAUGCGCAUUACCUUGCUGUCGGAUCUAACGAUAAUUUUGUUGACGUGUACGAUGUGAGCGAGGGCUACAAGAGGGUCGGUACUUGUAGAGGCUCCUCAAGUUUCAUAACCCACUUGGACUGGUCCGAGGACAGUCAAUUUAUUGUCACUAAUUCUGGCGCAUCCGAGAAACUUUAUUACAAGAUACCUGGUAAGAUUCAUAUCCAUCAAUGCCACUAUUAACAAUUCUUUUUUUUUUUUAAUAUUUUAUUACGUGUCGUGUCAUGUACGUAGAA